GAUCAAUCAUGACCACCAUCGUCCAUCUUUGUGUCUUCAUAAAAAAAAAAAAGCAAUAUUGUUUUCCUUUCCUUUUUCAUGCGCAUGAUUUUUGUCCUUUUCUAUCAAAACAAACUGUAACAAGUACUUUACAGUCAUCAUCGUUUGAAGAGGAUCGAUCAAUUAAAGUGAAGAAAAAGCUCAAUAAUGCAUCGCCUACGCCAUCUUCAAUCGUCUCUCAAAAUCACCAGCCAGGCCGUUUACCUUUCAACGGAUAUUUCAGCAGGAAAUGGUUUGAGGAAAACUUUAGCCCAGGUUCCGAAUCUUGCAAAAGCAUAUAGCACACAAGAAUCUUUGCAAAAAGAUGUCUCGUCAAACGAUGAUAACGGCUUCAAGGGACAUGAUAUGCUGGCCCCGUUUACAGCUGGAUGGCAGACUACAGAUUUGAAUCCUCUUGUAAUUGAGAAGUCAGAGGGCUCUUACGUUUAUGAUGCCAAGGGGAAAAAGUAUCUCGAUGCGCUUGCUGGUUUAUGGUGCACUUCUCUAGGUGGUAAUGAGCCCCGUCUUGUUGAGGCCGCAACAAAACAGCUAAAGACAUUGCCAUUUUACCACUCCUUUUGGAACCGUACCACAAAACCCUCUUUGGAUCUUGCUAAGGAACUUACUGAUAUGUUCACUGCAAAUGACAUUGCUAGAGUUUUCUUCACGAAUAGCGGAUCAGAAGCCAACGAUACACAGAAAUUCGAUCUGCCUGCUCCAUUUGUACUGCACACUGAUUGUCCUCAUUAUUGGCGUUUUCAUCUCCCGGGUGAAACAGAGGAAGAGUUCUCUACAAGGUUAGCCAAUAACUUGGAAAAUCUCAUCCUUAAAGAGGGCCCCGAGACGAUUGCUGCAUUUAUUGCCGAACCAGUUAUGGGGGCAGGCGGCGUAAUUCCUCCACCAUCAACUUAUUUUGGAAAAAUUCAAGCCAUUGUUAAAAAGUACGAUAUCCUCUUCAUUGCUGAUGAGGUAAUAUGUGCGUUCGGAAGGCUGGGGACAAUGUUUGGCUGUGACAAAUAUGGUAUCAAACCUGAUCUAGUGACCAUAGCUAAGGCGCUAUCUUCUGGAUACCUUCCUAUUGGAGCUGUUCUCGUCAGCCAUGAAGUCUAUGAUGCCGUACAUGAUCAGAGCAACAAGCUCGGUGUAUUCUCCCACGGGUUUACUUAUUCCGGACAUCCCGUCUCGUGCGCUGUUGCAUUGGAGACACUUAGGAUCUACAAGGAGAGAAAUAUUCUUGAUCAAGUAAAUAAAAUAGCCCCUAAGUUCCAAGAGGGUCUUAAGGCAUUUGCAAACAGUCCCAUUAUAGGAGAGAUUCGUGGAACAGGUUUGAUUCACGGGACAGAAUUUACCGAUAACAAGUCACCAACCAACACUUUCCCUUCCGAAUGGGGUGUUGGAGCUUAUUUCGGAGCGCAAUGUGAAAAGCACGGCAUGUUAGUACGUGUUGCGGGUGAUAACAUAAUGAUGUCACCUCCUUACAUUAUGACUCUUGAAGAAGUUGAUGAGCUAAUCGAAAAAUAUGGAAAAGCUUUGAAGGAUACAGAAGAUCGGGUGCUCGAGUUCAAGUCUCAGAAGAAGUGAAAAUAGAUGGUCGAACAAAAUAUUCGAUUGAGGAUGAAAAUGGCAGGAAGGGUUUUAGUCUCCAUGCAAGCUGUUCUUGCUAGAAAUGGAGAUGUGUAUUAGUCUCCAUUUCUUUAGGAUUCCAGUUGAUUGUACAAAUUAUGCAUUUUGAGACAUUUUUCAAUUUUAUUAUUCACAAUCGUUGUACAUUUUUCAACAUGUAUGUGUAUUUUCAAAUUGAAAUGUUAUGUUUUAUGAAUAAUAUAAAUUAAUGUAUAUUUGAUAGUAUAAGCAGUCCGUUUUGUUAAACAUUGAAUCAUUAAGGCUAUGGUUAGACAAUAAUUAAUUUCUUGCUUACUUCAAAACUGAAACGUUUUUAUCUUAAAAAAAUAAUCUCUUGAAAGCAUGGGUGUGUUGCAUUGAUGCCUGCAACCCAUUCUUUUAGGGAUAGUAGCUGGUUUUCAAAGGCCCAGUUGCAGCCUUUACUAACUUUAAUUUUGUUUUCUUUAUCCGUAAAAAGAAAUUGGAAGAAAUUUGGGCUGAGUUCUCUAACCGCCACCGAUGAUCUGAUUUGCCACAUUUGGUUGAUUGCUCUACGGAUACCUGCCAGGUGCGCUCUUUUUUGUCCGAUGAUUUUACCAAACAAGCUUCGUCCACAUUCCACCGCACUGUGUUGUAUGUCCGCUGACAAGAUGGGGACGACAUCGUUUUCUCUAUCCGAUAGCAGAACAGAGUCCAGCUUUGCCGCAAUAUCAUCCUCCAUGCUGGUAUGUGAUUGCACAAGGAGCAGAGAAAUCGCAGCUAAAACAGGGAGGCCCUAAUCCUGGAAUCACUGAGAAGCAACCAAAAAGAAAAAAUCCCACAGAAACCCUAGAUAAUGGAACAGCGUAGAUUACUAAUUUGAGAUAUAACUCCUCACUUGGAGGAUGGAUUAUACCUGAUAUGCAGGGGAUUGCGUCUCCGUGGAGAGGAUUUUAGCUCCCAUUAGAGAGAGGAAUUAUGGUUGUACUGACUGUUUCUUGUAUCUGCUGUAACAGAUUUUGGAUGAAUUCAAAAUGAAACUUUUGAAAACCCAAAUAGAAACAAUUUUGAAAAUCAUAAUUAAAUUCCCAAUUUAUAUUUGGGUGAUUUGGGAAUUAAUUGGUAGAGAUUACUAUACCAAUUUAGUUUACCUAUCCUUACUUCUUUCUCACCCCCCCAAAAAAAAGUCAUUCACUGUCACUGUUAUUUCCAAAUUUCAGUCGCACCAUUUCUCAACUCCACCAAUAUUCUCUCUUUCUCUCAAAACAAAAUUCAACAGCCAAAAAGUUAAUCAGCUUCUACUGGGUAAGCCUGCGGUCUCCAUUUUUAUUCCAUUUGUUUUGUUUUGUUUUGGUCUGAGUUUGCGUGGCUGUUUGUUAAUUGUAUAGUGUAUGCAUCUCCGUUUUCGUCUUGGUGAAUUUGUGCUGUGUUUAUUGAAUCAUUU